AUGAGCUUUGAUCCAAAUCGCCCUCGGGGCCGUCCAGCCCACACCCCCGGGACAACGGUACUGGCGUAUACACCAGAUGGGCGACGGGUCAUUACAGGUGGUUCCAACUCGGCGAUCCGCAUCUACACCGUCGGCCAAGAUGGAGAGCCCAAGACCGUCGAUGAGGGCGUGGACGCGCAUUUCAGCAUCGGCGCCACAAAUGAGUCUUUUAUCAUGGGCGCGGAGGAUGGAACUGUCUGGCAGUACGAUAUUGCGUCGGGAAAGAUGCAGAACUUGCUUGUUCGCUGUGCUUUGCCAGUGAGGGAUAUCGCGGUGUCGAGGGAUGGGAAAUGGGCUGCAGUCGCGAGCGACGAGCUCACCGUGAAAAUCGUCAAAAUUGAGGACAUGACGCAAGUCAAGUAUCUCCGGGAGCAGGCCAAGGGCACGAAGCACGUCACGUUUGAUCCCACCGGUCGAUACGCUACUGUCUCUGCAACAGACGGAAUCCUUUACAUCUACUCGUUGACCGAAGACGAGCCAGAGCUAGUUCGCAAACUUGACGGCGUGAUUCGACGGCUGGAGCCGGACGCCGAGGCAACCUCGAGGGCAGUUUGGCACCCUGAUGGAACCGCAUUCGCCUCGGCAGAAGUGACCAGGGAUAUUUCUAUUUACUCCACCUCUGAAUGGAAGAAAGAAAAGACAUUUUCUGGUGGACAUACCGGCGACAUCACGGCCCUCAGCUGGGCGCCGAAUGGAACUCUUCUGGCGUCGGCUGCCGCAGAUGGGCAGAUUGUGCUCUGGGAAGCGAAAACACAAAAGAUCUUGCAACGCUACGACUUCGGAAACGUCAUCAACCUCGCCUGGCACCCGACUCAGAACUCGCUGUCCUUUACGACUUCGGAUGGAGAGCUUUUUAUUCAUGAUAACUUUGUGCCGAAGGAUCACGAAGCUCUGCUACAGAAACCGCUACAGGCUGCCCCUAUCUUCCCUGGGCCGCUGACCGAGAUUUCCAACAAUGUUGCGCGCACAUUGACAGAUCGAUCCAAGGAGGCAGUCCAGCGAGCGGCGAGAGCAAGGUCUGCGGACUCUUUGGACGAUAUUCUCGGUGGGGAUGAAGAAAUGGCAGAUUUCGUCGAUGAUGACGACGGAGCAGGCUACGCCGAAGAAGAGCUCAACCUGUAUGGCAAGAGGACCAAUGGUCAUCUAGAUGAUCUCGGCGGGUCCGACAGCAAACGUGUAUUUUCUGGCUCCUGGCAACCUAAGGCCCAUCCUGCGAUUCAGCCUGGCAGCACGCCAUGGGCUGGAAGUCGGCGUUAUCUCUGCUUGAACUUGACUGGUGCAGUCUGGACUGUCGACCAGGAAACACACCAUACUGUGACAGUCGAGUUUUACGACCGCGAGCUUCAUCGGGAUUUCCACUUCACAGAUCCCUAUCUGUAUGACAAAGCAUGCCUGAACGAGAAUGGAACCCUCUUCUCCAACAGUCCAUCCGAUGGCAGCCCUGCUACGAUCUUUUACCGGCCACAUGAGACGUGGACUGCGCGCGCCGACUGGCGCACUCAAUUACCCGAGGGAGAAAUGGUUCGAGCUUUGGCACUCAGUGAUUCAUACAUCGUCGCUGUUACAAACAAAGACUAUGUCCGGGUGUACACGCUCUUUGGAACCCCAUUCAGAGUCUACCGACAGAAGAGUCAGGCCGUGACAUGUGCCGCAUGGCGAGACUACAUCAUGAGUAUUGGGAACGGCCCGUUGGGAAUUGACGGCCGCCACACGACAUUACGAUAUACUGUUGAAAACGUCAAGCGCGAUGAAAUUUGUCAGAAUGAGGACGAAGUCGCCCUUCCAGAAGGGGUGCAACUCAAGACUGUUUUCUUCUCUGACACCGGGGACCCUUGUAUCUAUGACUCGACUGGUGUCUUACUAGUGUUACAGCACUGGCGUACGCCUGGCCAAGCCCGAUGGGUGCCUCUUCUCGAUACCAAGCAACUGGCACGACUAGCGGGUGGUCGCAAAGAGGAAACCUACUGGCCUGUUGCGGUUGCGCAGGAGAAAUUUCAUUGUAUCAUCCUCAAGGGCGGUGACAAGAAUCCUUACUUCCCUCGGCCCUUGCUCAGCGAGUUCGAUUUCCAAAUCCCCAUCUCAAAUGAGCCUCCCAAGGACCCCAGCGAAUCAGAGGAAGCAGCCGCCGAGCGCAAAGAAGGGGCUCGCUUCGAAGAAGCCUUUGUGCGUAGCAAUGUGCUUCUGUCGCUCUUCCGCGACCUUCUGUCCUCAACCAAUGCGACCUCUAGUCAGCGCUCGGAGCUGGCGCGCAAAGAGCUCGAGUUGGACAAGACCCUGCUGCAGAUGCUGGCCGUCGAAUGCAGAGAAGGCGAGGAGCGUGGCAUGAAGGCACUGGAGCUGGUGACGAUGAUGACGGACCGCAAUGGCAAGAUGCUGGAGGCAGCGGCCAAGGUAGCACAGCGAUACGGGCGUGGAGUCUUGGAGGACAAGAUCCGGGACCUUGCUGAGCAGCGGGUGAUGGGCAUGGGCGAUGAUGAUGAACUGGCAAUGCCGCCGGCUUUCUCCUACCCGUGCACACUCUGUCUUUGUCUCCAUAAGCCCCCGUCGAGUCUUCGGUUGGGCCGCCGGACCUUGACGUCUUCGCCACGACAACCCUUAGCGCAGCCCCGCCAUGGCAUCUUGAACGAGCCCUGGCUUCCUCCAGCAUCGCCAAUACCGCACCCGACCGCAUACUUCUCGCCGACACGGACUCGGAGGGAGCUGGGUGGCUUAGACGGCAACCGAAACAAUGACCAUAAGCCGCCCGAUGAGCGAGUCCUGAAGCUUGGAAGAACUCUCUGCACCCUCUCGCCUCUCCUGCCGACCAUCUUGUACAACACCCUUCCUCCCGAGAUCCUCGCACCCAGCGUUAACCUUCAUCUCUUCCCGUCGACCCAUCCACAUCUCCCCAUCGUCAAAGGUCGUACCUUGUACCGCGCGGCGCUAUGGACGGUCCCCGUCGCAUGGAGCAGCGUCCCGCUUGUCGGGAACGUGAAGCUGCAGAUCCUCAGCGAGCGGAUCGUACGCGCCGGGACACUUCUUGAUCCAGAGCGACACGGCGACCAUCACGACUGCGGCGACGAACGACUAGUAGUGCGAUGGAAGACGGAGCCACGGACAGAAAGCCGUCCGUUCCACGAGACCCCUUUCUCGUCCCACACCGACCCGGCGCCAUCACGGACUUCGGCCCAGCACAGCCAUCUCUCAUCGUCGAAAAACGGGACCAACAAGGGUCUCAGCGUAUUGUUGGGCGGCGAAGAGCCCAUUUUCAAGCUUUCCAAGGAAGAACAAUUCACGGGGCUGUUCAUCUUCGCUUUUGAUGAAGAAGGACGCAUUUUGACGCAUACCAUCGAGCAUGCGGAUGAGGCCGAUGGCUGGGAACGCACGGCCAAGUUCGUGACUCUCACGGACUGGUUGAUUGGCAAGGCCCGUGGCUCGCUUGAUCCUGUCACGAACCCAAACCCCGAGCUGGCGAUGGAAUCCUGCCAACCCUCUGGGUUGCCUUCGCAUCCUUCGGGGUAUCGCCGGCAGAGAUCGUGA